AUGGCGUACAGAAAACGCCACGCAGAAGAGACGCUCGAUGAGAUCGCCGGUGUAGACUCUCCCGCCUCCAAGCGCUCCAGAACCGUCGACUCCCUCAUCUCGAAUGGGUCCCUUGAAAAUGGUCACGAUGGUGAUGCAACGCCCACAAACGAGCCACAACUUGCCGAAGAAAGCGACGUCGACGACGAGACACCCAUGCAGGUGCCGACCCGUCAAUCGGCGCCGACAGAUGGCUAUGACGACCUUUACCUCGACACGAUAGACCGCAACGUACUUGAUUUCGACUUCGAGAAACUGUGCUCCGUCAGCCUGUCCAACAUCAACGUUUACGCGUGUCUGGUAUGCGGGCGCUACUACCAGGGUCGCGGGCCGAAAUCGCACGCCUACUUUCACGCGCUCGACGAGAACCAUCACGUGUUCAUCAACAUGCAGACGCAGAAAGUGUAUGUGCUCCCCGAGGGCUACGAGGUCAAGUCCAAGUCGCUCGACGACAUCAAGUUUGUGUCGGAUCCGCGGUACACGAAACAGGAGGUUGCCGUGCUUGACAAGCCACCAAUGCGUGCCUCGUUUACGUUAGCCGGCAAGGAGUACGCGCCAGGGUUUGUGGGCAUGAACAACCUCAAGGAAAACGACUACCUGAAUGUUGUGGUACAAGCUCUUGCGCACGUCGCGCCGCUGAGGAACUUUUGCCUCCUGGAGGAUCUGUCAUCGCGAUCGGAAUUGGCGAAGCGUUUUGGCAUCCUGGUGCGCAAAAUCUGGAAUCCACGCGCCUUCAAGGCGCAUGUGUCCCCGCACGAACUGCUCCAGGAGAUCUCGCUGCUGUCGAACAAGCGGUACACCCUAACGGCACAGUCCGAUCCGGUCGAAUUCCUAUCAUGGUUCCUCAACAACCUGCAUCUGGGGCUGGGUGGGUCAAAGACGAAGCCUGGGAGCUCUGUUGUUCAGCGCAUCUUCCAAGGCAAGCUCAAGGUCGAGUCACAGGCAAUUACAGCGCGUGCCGAUGCGGGCGAUCGUCUGCGGUUUGAAGAUGCCGCCGUCUCAAUGACGACGUCGCGGUUCAUGUUUCUGACCCUCGACCUCCCCGCAGCGCCCCUCUUCCAAGACGAACUCGAGAAAAACAUUAUCCCACAGGUGCCCCUGACGACAAUCCUGGCGAAAUACGACGGCAUUCAUGCCCAGGAGCACCUCGCGCAACGCAAGCGGUAUCGCCUGCUCCACCCUUUGCCUCCAUACCUCGUCCUCCACGUCAAGCGCUUCAGUCAGAACAAAUUCGUCUCGGAGCGCAACCCAACGAUCGUUACAUUCGAUCCGCGGGGACUCGAUGUAAGCCCGUAUGUAGAACCGAACCCAGGCGAAUGGCCGCCGGGUGAGCCUAUCUGGUAUGACUUAGUCGCCAACGUCGUGCAUGAGGCAGUCCGGGCCAAGGAGGAUGUCGCGGAUAGCGGAGAGGAGCGCAAAACAUGGAAAGUGCAACUUAAGGAUAAGGGACGUGAUGAAUGGGUGUCGUGUCAAGAUUUGUUCGUGGAGAAGGUGCAGAGCGAGCUGCUCUACCUUGGCGAAACAUAUCUACAGGUUUGGGAGAGGCGGAGGACGCCGAAGAAGGCAUGA